AUGGCAUCCAAGAACCUCCUACACCUCUCGGCCGCCGCCGUGCUGCUGCUGUCCGUGAUCGCCGCGGCGGCGGCGGCGGCGUCCUACUGCCAGCCGGGGAUGGCGAUCCCGCAUGACCCGCUGCGGGGGUGCCGCCAGUACGUGCGCCGGCGCGCGUGCGGCCUCGCGGCCGGCGCCGGCGGGCGGCUGUACGACUGGGCGGUGAAGGAGCGGUGCUGCCGGGAGCUCGCCGCCGUGCCGGCCGACUGCCGGUGCGCGGCGCUGGCCUACUUCAUGGACGGCGGCUUGGCGGCGUCGAGCGGCGCGCUCGAGGGCCGCCUCCUGGAGGACGUCCCCGGGUGCCCGAGGGAGACGCAGAGGGAGCUCGCCGCCAUGCUCACCACGCCGGGGGAGUGCAACCUCGAGACCGUCCAUGGCGGCCCGUACUGCCUCUCGCUCACCGACAGAGAGAUGCCCAAAUACUGA